AUGGUCGAUAUUAGGGAGAAGCUUGAUGCACUCUACUCAAUCAAAUCAGUUCGUGAGACAAACGCUCAUACUAAGCACUUGCUUGAGAGGAAUGAACUUACAAAUUUUAAUAUAGAUAAAUCAAAGUUGGACUCUACAGCUGAAUUUGUGAUUCAAACAAUCCGGGAAUCAUUUCCUACCAAUGAAACACUCCUUUCGAUUCCGAUCCAUGGUAGAUACCAGCAAUUCGAAAGUGACGGAAAGAAGCGAUUGACUAAUAUAAUUGAGACAGAAUUCAAGAAUUUAAAUGAUUUGGAAAUCUGUAAAAAACUUGUCGAUCUUUUUAUGGUGAGCGUCUUGUUGGAUGCCGGUGCUGGAAAUGUAUGGAAAUAUAAAGAGGUGGAUGGGACAACACAGUCAAGAUCUGAAGGAUUGGCAGUUGCCAGCCUUCAUAUGUUUGCAGAUGGAUUGUUCAGUGAUGAUAAGAAGGAUCCAUUUGUAGUCAAUGGAUCCAAGUUAAGUAGUCUGACUGAAAAGAAAUUACAGGAUGGACUUCAGGUGACAUCGGCAAAUCCAAUAUCUGGCUUUGAGGGAAGAUUUGAGCUUUUGCACAAGCUUGGUGACACAUUAUCCGCCAACAAAGCUUUAUUUGGAACAGAUGGAAGACCAGGAAAUCUGAUUGAUUAUCUUCUUAAUAACAAAUUGCUCGAAGGGCCAAAAGAUGGAAAAUAUAAGAUAGAUUUACAGGAUUUGUGGCUAUGUCUUGUGAAAGGUUUACAACCAAUAUGGCCCACUGAAGGCAGAGUUCAGAUUUGUGGAGAGUAUAUUGGUGAUGUCUGGUUUUUGCAAAGUAGAAAGAAGUUAGCCCAGCAGAAAUUUGGAACACCGAAUCCUCCCGAAUGGACGUAUGCUGUCACUUUCCACAAGUUACUCCAGUGGUUAACCUACUCACUCAUGCUGCCUCUAAAAAAAUAUGGGCACUUUGAGAUCACGCAUUGCGAGUAUAUGACAGGGCUUCCUGAAUAUAGGAAUGGUGGUCUAUUUGUUGACUCUGGUGUUUUAACUUUGAAGCCUGAACAGAAAGAAAAAGGUCUUGCUUUGAGUGUGAAACUUAAGACCAACGUUUCAAUUCCAACAUAUGUUCCCGAUGAUGACGUGAUUGUCGAGUGGAGAUCGUGCACAAUUUGCCUAUUGGAUGAAUUAUUAGUUCUUGUUAAUCAUAAAUUGCAAAUAACUGGAACCAAGUACGAAUUAACGCUCCCUCAGCUAAUUGAAGCUGGAUCAUGGAAAUCUGGACGGAGAAUUGCAAAACAGUUCAGGAAAAAUGGGGGACCUCCAAUUGAGUUGCAUGCUGAUGGUACUGUUUUCUGA